AAGCAAUGACUGAUGAAGAAUAUGCUAGACUGAUAUUUGAACAAGAAAAUCCAGAAGCUAAAUUGGAUUUGGAGUUGAUUGCUGCAGAGGAAGCUGAACUGAAGAAAGAAUAUGUUGAAGCUAUAAACUCAGGACAAAUUCAGAAACCUGCAAAAUCAACUGCCAGACCAAAGGAAAAAGGAAUAAUGAUCAAGGAAACUACUAUUGCUGAUCAGAGUUUACCAAUCAAAAAGGUAUACUCUGAAGAUGAAUAUACAAGCAAAGGCAAAAGCAUAGUAGAUGAUCGCCUUGAGAAAGGCUGGAUUCAGAAGAAGCCUACAACCUCUGACAGAGAUCAAGUUGUAAAAGGAAAGAAAUCAGAAGCUGCAAUCUCUGACAAAGCUCAUAUUGCAGAAUCACAAGAAGAAAAAUUAACCUUUGACACAGCUCAAGUUAAUGAGGAAGCAAAGAAAUAUACAACCUCUGACAAGGCUCAAGUUGUGUUUAAACCAACUAUCACUCCUUUAUCAGGAUUUGUAAAGCCUAGUUUGAUGACUGAGAUAAAAUUUGACAAGGGUUCAAUUCAACCAAUCUCUCAUCAAAAAGCAGGAAGAAAUAAAGGAGGGUUAGGAUCAAAAUAUGAAGUAUUUGAGCAGAGCAUAGCAUCAAUGCCUAAUGAUCCCUCAUCCCUCUGUGCACCAAAGACUGGAGCUUUGCAAGAAAGAAUGGACAAGCUUGAUUCAGUUCAACUGGUGAAGAAUGACAGAGGUGAUAAUGUUCUCAUAUACUUUAUGUCUGAUGGAACAGUGUUUAGAGUUAUUGAAGCUGAUCUUUAUGCUAAACACUGGGAAGAGUUGAGAUAUGUUCAGUACAUAUUUCAAGUGAAGAACAAAUCAUGUCAGCACAUCGCAAAUCUGAUCAAGGAUCAAAUCAAGAGAAAGAUGGGUAUAACAGGAAACAAGAAUGCUGGACCUUUUAUUCCUAAGUACUUCAAUGAUCAAGGUCAGCUAGUUGAGAUGAAGAAGAAUUCAGCAAAAAUAGAAACAGUAGCUGGAAUCAGUGCUCUUACAUUCAAUGAAGAGUCUGAUAAAGCUUACUACAUCAGGCUGGAUAAAGACAUGAGAAGAAACAAGAUCUAUGAUCUUAGAGCUGCAAUCUAUCAAACUGGAGUUUCAGAUCCAGAACUAAGAGAGAUCAAGAGACAGAUGAUCACAGCACUUGCAGAAGCUGAAAGAGAACUCCUCAAGGAAUAUUUAAAGACAGCUCAUGGUGUCUAUGAAGCUAAGGAGUAAAGUAUCUGAUUGAUCAGAGUUUAAGCUGGAAGCUGAUCAGAGUUUAAUAAAGUCUGAUCAGAGUUUACAUAGUCAAGACUCGUCAGAGUUUACACGUGGAAAGAGCUCAGAAGCGGAUAUACUUCAAGGAAGGAUAGAAGCGGAGGAGUGAUUUGCUGACUAUGGAAACCAAACAGAAAACAGUAGCAAUCUUUGAUUGAUAGAAUACAUAGCUGAUUUAUAGGAUAUCAAAUCAGAGAUUGAUUUUGUAACUGUGUAUAUAUAGACACAGAUUAGGGUUACUCUAUACGAGUUGAGUUAUCGAGUAUAUUUUACAGAACCCUAGUAGCUCUUAGUGAUAAUAUAUAAAUCACUGAGAGAGUUUUUGUA